AUGAGUUUUGGCAAUGGCAGUGAAGUUUUGGGUGAUGAAAAAUAUUUGCCCUACAACAUUUCUGGUACGGUUUCUGUGGGAAACGUGUUUCUCGAUUCAGGAACUCCGGAAAUGUAUCUGCCACAAGAUUUUCACGACCGCUUAGUGGCAGAAGUGAAGCAGCAGAUUCUGUCGGAUUCCAUUGCUGUAUAUCUUCCCAGGCUUUGCUAUAUAAAUGCAAAUAAUCUCAACGUACCAAUUUUGACUGUCCAUUUUGAGGGUGCAGAUGUGUUGCUAAUGCCCAUACACACCUUUGAAGCUGAAAAUGGGAUUACCUGCUUUGAAGUGUAUCCUUCUAACAACAAUAUUGGUGAUGGAUUUGGGUUAUAUGGAAACUAUGCUCAAUCGAAUUUCUUGAUCGGAUAUGAUAUGGAAAAAAUGACGGUCUCUUUCAAGCCGACCGACUGCACCAAAUACUAA